GAGAGAGAGAGAGAGAGAUUCUCAAUGGCGUCAAGUGAUGAAACCCCAGGCGUGAUGCCAGGCCAAGGACCGACGGUAGGGAAACCGAUGACGGUGGGGUCACAGAUGCUUGAUAAAGGGGCUCAGAUGCUGCAGUCCAUUAAGCCGGUGAAGCAGAUGAAACAGCAUGUCUGCACCUUCGCCAUGUACAGCCACGACAUGAAUCGGCAGAUCGAGACUCAUCACUACGUGACUCGCCUCAAUCAGGACUUUCUCCAAUGUGCCGUUUACGAUUCCGACGAUUCCACUGCUCGCCUCAUUGGGGUGGAGUAUAUCAUAUCGGAUAGGAUCUUCGAGAAUCUUCCACCUGAUGAGCAGAAACUGUGGCAUUCCCAUGCUUAUGAGAUCAAAUCUGGUUUGUGGGUGAAUCCGCGGGUCCCAGAGAUGCUACAGAAGACGGAGCUUCGGAACCUGGCCAAGACCUACGGGAAGUUUUGGUGCACGUGGCAGGUGGAUAGAGGUGAUGUGCUACCAUUGGGAGCGCCAGCGCUGAUGAUGUCGCCACAAGAGGUGAACCUGGGGAUGGUGAAGCCGGAGUUACUGCAUAAACGGGACAGCAAGUACAAGUUGUCAAGCGAUGAUCUGAAGAAAUCAAGGGUGGAUAUCGAGGAGCCGGAGAUGAUAAAUGCGGUUGCGGAUUACUGGAAACAUUCAGGGAAGGGCUUCGCCGUUGAUAUCGAGCAGACAGAAAUGAAGCGCAAUGCUCCAUUUCCCUGAAUAUAUUCCCUAUUAUG